AUGUAUCAUAUCGCGAUCCUAUGGCUUUCGUACAAUAGCAAGAUUCAAGUAACAGCUUAUGGGAUAGUUACUACGCGCUGGUGUUUUUGUUUUUGUUUUUUUGUGUUUGUCUCGAGUGUAUUUGAGUGGCUGGUUGGCUGGCUGUUAGGGCUACAUUCUUGGCUUUUGUUGGAUAUGGUAUGGACUUCGAUUCACUUCAGCGCGGAUAGGUUUGUACUUCAGCUUGAGAUGACGGGAAGGAAGGGUUUGAAAGGGCCAAGUCGAGAUGUUACGCUCCCAGGACAUAUCGAAUUGAAUGAAUUUCUGGGGAAAAUGCUAAGGCCCGGGGCUGAUUUACUGUUACUUGUGAUAGAUAGAUCCCUUGGGCGCGGACAUCCCGGAGAUGUUUUCAACGGCUCAACCCUCGAACGGCCUAGUUUUAAAUGGCUUGGUCUUUCUAAUGGCCUGGCUUUGAACGGCCUGGCUUUGAACGGCCUGGUGUCCUUAAUUUGGUUCGACGUGGCGACGCUGGCCGCGGACAACAUCAACUUAAGACUGGCAAUAUUAACUUCCAAUAUAACUCUCCACCGGCGAUGUCUCGCAAAAUACCGAAGUUCGAAACCGAAGCUCGAAAUGAACCACGUGAUUUUAUGGAGCCGGUAUAUCUAG